AUGAAAAAAAAUGGUACGGGGUCAUUGAAAUAUCAUAUUGGUUCAUGUAAGAAAAAUCCUAGUAAUGUUGUUGACACUAGUCAAGGACAACUAGUUUUACCUAGAAAGGGAGUUGAAGGGGGGGAAGGGAAUCUUUCAACUUGGAGAUUUGAUCAAGAAGCAUGUAGGAAAGGAUUAGCACAAAUGAUUCUGAUUGAUGAAUUACCUUUCAAGUUUGUUGAAAGUGAAGGUUUUAAGAAAUUUAUGUUUGUGGCAUGUCCUAGGUUUCAUAUUCCUUCACGAACUACUAUGACUAGGGAUGCUUAUCAAUUGUAUCUAGAUGAAAGGGUCAAGAUAAAACAACUUUUGAGAAGUUCUUGUUCUAGAGUUUGCUUAACUACUGACACAUGGACAUCUUUGCAAAGAGUUAAUUAUUUGUGUAUCACUGCUCACUUUAUUGAUAACGAUUGGAAAUUGAAUAAAAAGAUUUUAAACUUUUGUCCAAUUUCUAGUCAUAAGGGUGAGUCCAUUGGGAUGGUAAUUGAGAAAUGCUUGUUGAAUUGGGGGAUUGAUAAGUUGUUUACUGUUACUGUUGAUAAUGCAAGUUCAAAUGAUGUUGCUAUUGGUUAUUUGAGAAAGAAAUUUACCCCUCGAGGGGGUUUAGUUCAAAAUGGUAAAUAUCUUCAUAUGAGAUGCAUGGCACACAUUGUGAAUUUGAUUGUUGUUGAAGGCUUAAAGGAAAUGAAUAAAUCUGUUGAACGUGUUAGGGGUUUGUUAGAUAUGUGGAACUCGACCUACUUAAUGUUAGACACUGCUCAGAACUUUGAGAGAGCUUUUGAGAGAUUUGAGGAGCAAGAUACAAAUUUUAAAUUUGAACUUGAAAGGGAGAGGUUAAAUAGUAAUAUUGAUUUCAAUGUUAUGGCCAUCAAGAUGAAAGAGAAGUAUGAUAAGUAUUGGGGUGAUAUUGAUAAGAUGAAUUUGCUUAUGUUUGUUGCUUGUGUUUUAGAUCCUAGACAAAAACUAAAGUAUCUUGAAUUUACACUUAGUGAAAUGUCUAGUUCUGAAAAAGCUUGUGAAAUGAUGCAAAAGUUGAAGGAAUCUUUGUAUGAAUUGUUUGAUGAGUAUAAGCCUCCACUUCAUGGUACUUGUAGCCAAUCGAGUGUGUCAACACAUGUUUCUAUUGGUGAACCACAACAAAAAAUGAAAAGGUGA